AUGCUUGCGGAAACUAUAGAAAUAGGAAGCCAGACCGGAGCACAACGUCGGUCCAACGGGGCGGACAUAAGAUUCACACUGGAUGACAUUACGAAGGAACUUGUGGGCAGGAUGGACCUGGCGGAGUUCCUCAACGUGACCACUGAGCUGGAGGUGGCCCAGCACUUCUAUAACGCCUGUCUGGGGGCGAAUCUGCAUCAGAACAUAGCGAGUAAUCAUUCUCGCUCAUACAGAGUCAACGAGAAGCGCAUGCGCGGCUACCUUAGAUCCUUUCAACUCGCCGAGGAUAAAAUUACAGAUGCGAUCGAAGGGGUUUUUGCCUUCUGGCGUGAGGCCUUGCAGGUUGCUGCCUAUACAACAUUCUACAGUGAAGAGGCCUUCAACGUUACCAACUAUUUCGCUAUCGUCUGGAACAGGGAGGAUAAGAAAUUUGUUGGUGAUUCCUACUUUUUGGAAUUGGACAAUGAACAUCCUACUGAGGAGGAGCGGUUGGAGGUCUCCGAAAUUAUGGAGAAAGUGCAAGGGAGCUUGAGGUCGCUUGAGAAUGCCGAUUGGUUGGACUUAAAAACUCGACAGGAAGGUUUACUCCGGGCAUUAUCCCUUCGAUCUCGUUUUGGCGCCAUAGAGGACAAAUUGCUAACUGAUCGCCUAGUCCAGGAGGUUCGCGGCCUGGAAAUAGUCGACGAAAGCUACGCUGCAACCAACAUAAAUCUCCGACGCUUUCGAGUGGAAAUUGAGCGCUUUAGAACACGUCACUCUGAGGAACUGGCCAAGGACACCAAGCCCCAGAAGUAUCUGUUGGAUAUGCACUUGCAAGCCUUUUACAGUCAAGUAGACCACACAGUUUAUAUUUUUCCCGGCAUACUGCAUCCUCCCGUUUACCACCGUUCUUGGCCAUACUGCCUGAAAUUCGGAGCCCUGGGUUUCCUCGUGGGCCACGAGCUCGUACACGGUCUUUGCUCGGAUGCGAAGAUGAGAUAUAUCUCGCCAAUGGAUUCGUGCUUUGUGUCUCGCUACCGUGGCUUCGUGAUUCAGGAGAUUGAUCGCCAUAUCGAGGGAAUUUUGACACUGGACGCGAACUUUGCCGACGAUGGCGGAUUGCGACACGCGCUGGCAGCCUAUCGCAGCUACAUGGCAGAGCUGGAGGAUCUAGAGGAUCUAGAGGAUCGUGAGCAGGGACCGAGAGAUCAGCAGAUCAGCGAGCGGAUGCCAGGUCUUGAGCUGCUGCCCGAGCAACUCUUCUUUCUGGGCUUCGCUCAGUUGUAUUGUUCCGACUAUAGGGAAGAGCAAUUUUGGGAUACGCUGCAAAAUCUCACGCCAUCGAAAUGUACCGGGUUCUAG